UGUUGUCUGUCUGUUGUCUGUCUGUUGUCUGUCUGUCGUCUGUCUGUUGUCUGGUCUGUUGUCUAGCCUCGGCUACUAUCCUAUCCCGGAGCUCCCUGUGCAGCCCUUCCGCCUGCUUCAGCCUCUCCUGUUGGCAUCACGGUCGUGAGCCUCCCACGUCUAAAUUUCAGACAGUCUGGUGUUCAGCAAUGCCGAAAUCAAACGAUUGCUUUUUCCCCCUGGAUAAUUUGUUUUUCAGCAGCCCCGAUGGAGCGGGAAACUUCCCAGUUAAGGGGAAAUCAAUGGAUUGGUUUCUCCCUCCAGCUCCAUUAAUUUCAGAAAUUCCAGAUAUUCAAGAAUUAGAGGAAGAAAUUGAAAGUCAUAAACUGUUAGGCCAAGAAAAGAUACCAAAAAUGUUAACAUCAAAUUUGAAGAUCAUUAAUGAAGACAAAAAUUGUAUUUCAUCAACACAAAAAUUCCAUUUUCCCUAUAAUGUGGAUACACAGGAUUCCCUAAAUUUAGGAGGAUCAAGUAAUGAUGACUCAUCCCGUAUUGCUGGAAAGCUGGUGUAUGGCUCGUCUCAGAAAUAUAAAAACCACAUGGGUACUAAGAAUCCACCUGCUAAGAAUGGCCCUGGUGAUUCAAAGCCACCUAAUGUUGCAGAGGAUAGAGCAGAGGGGCCAACAGCAUUUAAGAGAAGGUUAUUUAGAACAUAUGGCAAAAUACAUGAAUGUGAUUGUGCUAAUGAAAAUAUAAACUUGGAUUCUCAUGUUAGCCCAGUGAAACUUACCCAAACAAAAAUAAACAAGGAGAAAUCAUGGGCCUGCAGCAACAAUCAACAGAAACUUCAGUAUUCCACAUAUAAAGCGAAAGCAAAAGACGGGCUUCCUGCUUCUGAGACCGGAGAGAACACAUUCGAAGUGCCGGCCUUCUCCAUCACAUCCCAGCCUCGUGAUGGUCAAGGUAUAACUCCAAGUGGCUUAGGUUCCUUGAAGGCUGUCACAGAAAUCCCGGCAAAAUUUAGGAGUAUAUUCAAAGAAUUCCCUUACUUCAACUAUAUACAAUCCAAAGCCUUUGAUGAUAUUCUUUACACAGAUAGGAAUUUUGUGAUUUGUGCCCCCACUGGUUCUGGGAAAACUGUAUUGUUUGAACUUGCAAUAACUAGAUUGUUAAUGGAAGUUCCAUUGCCAUGGUCCAACAUGAAGAUUGUUUACAUGGCACCAAUAAAAGCCCUUUGUAGUCAGCGGUUUGAUGACUGGAAAGAAAAAUUUGGAUCAAUGGGCUUGAAUUGUAAAGAACUUACUGGAGAUACAGUAAUGGAUGACCUAUUUGAAAUUCAACAUACCCAUAUAAUUAUGACGACUCCAGAGAAGUGGGACAGCAUGACCAGGAAGUGGAGAGACAACUCUUUAGUCCAGCUGGUUCGACUGUUUCUCAUUGAUGAGGUACAUAUUAUAAAAGACGAAAACCGUGGUCCAAUUCUUGAGGUUGUUGUUAGCAGAAUGAAAACUGUCCAGUCUUCAUCUAGGGCUUUACAGAAUGCCAGCCCUGUCCCUAUGAGAUUUGUAGCUGUGUCUGCAACCAUUCCCAAUGUUGAGGACAUCGCAGAGUGGCUUUCGGACGGUGAGAAACCUGCGGUGUAUCUGAGAAUGGAUGAGAGCCACAGACCUGUGAAACUUCAGAAAGUGGUCCUGGGCUUUCCCUGCAGCAGUAACCAAACGGAAUUUAAGUUUGACUUAGCCCUCAACUAUAAAGUGUACAGUGUUAUACGGACUUACUCCGAUCAGAAGCCCACACUUGUGUUUUGUGCAACAAGGAAAGGUGUGCAGCAGGCUGCUUCUGUUCUUGUGAAAGACGCUAAAUUUAUUAUCUCCAUGGGACAGAAACUCAGGUUACAGAAGUCUGCAUAUUCUAUAAGGGAUUCAAAACUCAAAGAUGUUGUUGUGUAUGGUGUCGGCUAUCACCAUGCUGGUUUGGAGCUGUCAGAUAGGAAACUGGUUGAAGAACUGUUUACUUCUGGAGAUCUCCCAGUUCUCUUUACCACGAGUACUCUUGCCAUGGGAGUGAACUUGCCGGCGCACCUGGUAGUUAUAAAGUCUACCAUGCACUACAGUGGAGGCGUGUUUGAGGAGUACAGCGAGACAGACAUUCUGCAGAUGAUUGGGAGAGCUGGCAGACCUCAGUUUGACACGGCAGCUACUGCAGUUAUUAUGACCCGGUUAAGCACAAGAGAGAAGUAUGUUCAGAUGUUAGCGUGUAACGACACCGUAGAAAGCAGUUUGCACAGACAUCUUAUCGAGCAUCUAAACGCAGAGAUAGUGCUGCACACCAUCACAGACGUGAACAUUGCUCUGGACUGGAUCCGAUCGACCCUCCUGUACAUCAGAGCUCUGAAGAACCCUUCUCACUACGGUUUUGUAUCUGGAUUGAACAAAGAUGGAAUCGAAGCAAAAUUACAAGAAUUGUGUUUGAAGAAUCUGAAAGAUUUAUCAUCACUAGACUUAAUAAAGAUGGAUGAAGAUGUUUAUUUCAAACCAACAGAGGCAGGAAGACUAAUGGCUUGGUACUAUAUUACAUUCGAGACAGUGAAGAAGUUUUGUACAAUCAGUGGAAAGGAAACUUUGUCAGAUUUAAUUUCGAUGAUAGCCAGCUGCAAUGAGUUCCUGGACGUGCAGCUGAGGACGAGCGAGAAGAGAGCUCUGAACUCUUUAAACAAAGACCCGAACCGGAUCACGAUCAGAUUCCCAAUGGAAGGGAGAAUAAAAACAAGAGAGAUGAAAGUAAAUUGUCUCAUACAGGCUCAGCUAGGAUGCAUUCCUGUACAAGACUUUACCCUGACACAAGAGACCUCCAAGAUUUUCAGAAGUGGCUCACGAAUUGUAAGAUGGUUGUCAGAUUUUGUGACUUCCCAGGAAAAGAAGUUUGCUGUGCUUUUAAACAGUGUGAUUUUAGCUAAAUGCUUUAAGUGUAAGCUUUGGGAAAACUCUCGACAUGUAUCUAAACAGCUGGAUAAAAUCGGCAUAUCAUUGUCAAAUACCAUGGUAAAUGCAGGUUUGACUUCCUUUAAAAAAAUAGAAGAAGCAAAUGCAAGAGAAAUUGAACUGAUUUUAAGUAGACUUCCGCCUUUCGGAACCCAGAUAAAAGAAGCUGUGAUGUAUCUACCAAAGUAUGAACUUGAAGUGGAGCAGAUUUCUAGAUACAGUGACACCAAGGCCGAGAUAUUGGUGACUGUUGUGUUGAGAAACUUUGAGCAGCUACAGACCAAAAGAACAGCACCAGACUCUCACUACGCCACCUUAAUCAUAGGCGAUGCAGAUAAUCAAGUCGUUUUUAAGCACAAAAUUAUGGAUUCUGUUUUGUUAAAAAAUGGAAAUUGGGCUAAAAAAAUUGAUGUGAAGAGAGCUCUUAUAUCUGAAGAUCUUAGCAUUAAUCUAAUUAGUUCUGAUUAUGUUGGUCUUGAUAUUCAGCAGAAAUUUACAGUCUUUUAUUUAGGCCCCAGGAGGUGUGUAAAUCAAACAGUUAUGCAAGGAAGGUUAGAAACAGACAUUUCUCAUCCUAAGCACUCAAACAGAGCUGCUGCAGCAGUGUGCAGUGAAGGAAUGGCUACCUGCAAAAAACCUGGGAACCGAGAGUGCAACCAUCAUUGUAAAAAUAAACAUGCAUGUGCACAUGACUGCUGUAAAAUCGGAGUACCACAAAAGGCAGAAGUUAAAGAGUCAGCAAUGUCUUCAUAUUUGUCUGACUUAAAAAGCAGAGAUGCUGUCUCUUCUCUUCCUCCGGUGAAACGGCUCAAGAUACAGAUGAACAAAUCUCAAAAUGUGGACCUUAAGGAGUUUGGUUUUACUCCAAGACCUUUCCUUUCCAGUAUAUCAAGGUCUGGAUCUUUAAACAUCCCAGAGUUGCCAAUGUCGAAACCGUGGAGUGAGCGUGAAAUCUAUGGAGAAGUUCCACAGGAACCAUCUGAAUAUCAUGGCAAAGAUUUUCUCAGGUGGAACUCUUGUAUGACUUCAAAUGAAAGGACUCCUCAAACAGUGGUGUUCAGCAGACACGCUAACACAUCUGGAAACCACAGUGUUGCGGGUGAAAGCAAGUGUUCUGAAGUGUUGGAUGUGAACUUUGAGUUGGGAAAUGAAGUUUGGGAUGACUUUGAUGAUGAAAGCUUAGUAGAAGUUAUGAGCUUUUCAGCCGAUGCCGAGAAGACAGCCGUAUCAGGAUUUGGAGACACUUGUGUUUCGAGUCACUGGGGAAGUAAGCUACCCUUCCAAAAGUCAAGCAGCAAAUUCCAAAGAGAAAUCUCAAACAGUUAUGCUUCAUCACAUGAAAAGCCAGAUAUUUAUCUGUCAGGUUGUGCCAUGUCCAAGUCUGGCCCACCUCCUGUCGCAGAAUUACCUCUGCACACCGGAAGUGCAAACCUUGUCAAUUUUCAAGAGAGAAGACAGCCAACUCUCUCACCAGUGAUUGAGAGGGUAAGUUUUACCCGCUCUAACAAAACACCACAGCCUCUCAACCUUCAGGAAGCGGAUAUUUUUAUUGGAAACAGUGACUCUAGAAAGGAAAUUGAUCUCAGUAAGUAUUAUCCUGAUGAUGCAGCUGAAGAAAUGAAGGCUCUUCUGGGAAUAUUUAGGGAUAUUUUCUGAAAAAAAAAGAAAGAGAGAGAGAGAGAAAGAAAGAAAAGAAAAAGAAGAAAAGGAAAAGAAACAAUUAUUUUGUUAAUAAGCAAAGGAUAAACAUAUCUAAUCCCCAAUGAAUGCUUUUUUAUUUUUAAAAAUAAUUGACAACCAUUCAGAAUUUUUCUCUUAAAUUUGAUCCAUUUCUUGACUUUCUUGUAACACAAUAUAUGAACUGAUAUAUUUUUAUUUCUGUUAUAAAUUCUUGAAGAAUAGUUUUGUUUCAGCAAACUGGUAAUUAUCAUUAUAAGUAAUUUUUGUUAAAUCAGUUUUAAUAGAAACUAAGGUUUCAUGUUUAUUUUCUUAAGAAAGGUGUCUGAGAGAGCGACAUAAUGCUGCGAGCGAGUCUGUUUGGUGUGUAGCGUAUCACGAAUGCGUUCUCAUGUGUCCUGUCCUUUCUCUCUCUGGGCUUUCAAGAGUCCAGCUUUUGAAAAUGUUAUUCCAUUUUGAGCAGUAAUAAAUGAAAUGUUAAUU